UUGCCUGAUGCCUUAUUAUUUGUUCUGUCAGUUUUUUUCAGGAAGAUCUUCAUUUUGCAACUGGUAGGGUUGGUGCUAACCUACAAUUUCACUGACUGUAACUUUAAGGAGAUUAGCAAUGCUUACAAGAAAGUCAUUAUUUAUGACCUGAAGUCAUAUAUGAAUGGGGCGGAACGUACCCACUUCAACAUCACCUAUAGCUGUGACGAUCAGCCGAACUGCCUCACUAAAAUCGAGCACCUGACCUUCCAUCCCGCCGCCCACUGCCCGUCACUCGCCAGGGAAACGUUCGCGGAAAAAACUAAGCGGGUGCUCACAAGCAGCUGCCCAGACUACUCGAGAACGCAGAUAAAUAAUACCCAGGUAAUGAAGAAACGAAGGAAAAGAGAAAAACCAAAAAAUAACUGCACAGAAAUAGUCUCAAACUUAAUGGGAUUGUGGGGUCGUUUCAUUCGCGCUUCACGGAAACAAAUAUGA